UUUUGACGUAUGCAUUUGACAUAUAACAAUUGUCACUUUUGAACUUUAGUUUAUAACUGUUACCUUUAAUUUUUUUAAUUUUAAUUUAAUAAUAAUUUAAUAUAAUGUCGAGUCAGUGGCAAGUUGUUGGAAAGAAGAAGAGCAAGGAGGCCGUUCCAGUAAAAAAAUCGGAGGAGAAGAAAAAGCUGUUUGCCAGUACGCCGAAGAUUGAAGAAGUUCUUCCCUUACAACAAGUCAAGAAUUUGUAUAACGCGAGUAAGAAUAACGAAAAUCCGAAACAGCAGGCGAAACCGAAAACUCAGGAGAAUGGCGUUAAGAAACCCCAAAAGAAACCGGACAAACCGCAAAGCUCUCCCAAACCGAAACCUCCAAAGUCUAUCGAAAGUGCCCUUAAUUCCAUUGACAUCGAAGAAUUGAAAGUAUUAAUAAAUGAAAGGCAACGACUUUUUCCUGAUGCACCUCUGGUCUGUUUGAAGGAUGUUGUGAAGUUUUUAAGUCAACAAAUUCCCGUUGAAGUUUCUGAUCACACAUUUUCGUCACAUCCAGAUGGUUAUCCAUGCUCAAUUAUUCCAAACCCGUUGAAACUCAUGCUUGAAACACCACUGAAGGGCAUAGGGAGAAGUAACUUGCAAGUAUUUUUUGACUUACUACUUACAUCGAUGACAAAUGAUAUGAGUAAAAAUGUACAUACGUUAGGAACUAAGAUUUAUAUUCAACUUGUUGCGUUAAUGGAACCGAGUCUUGUUCUCGCUAGCUUAAACAAACAUGCCAGUUUAAGAACGUCGUAUCAGAAUCGGCCGCCUAUCGGUCUUUCAAUUCUGUGGGGACUUGGUCAGGCUGGUAUUAAAGACUUACAUGCAGGUUUAAAAGUAUUUCAAGAGAUCAUGUUACCAAUUAUAGAAAUGAAAAGCUUCUCACGAUACAUAGUGAAGUAUCUAAUUUCCUUAAUCAAUCGUCAUGGCUCAGGUGAUAUUAACAUAGAUCAGUAUCUGCUAAUAUUAGAUGUCGCGUUUGCAAACUAUAAAAAUGUUCCAAAUGAUCUCAAGAGUGAUUUACAAAAGGUAGUGCCGAAGUUAGAGUCCAUGCUGCUCGGCAACAAAGAGAAGCUUCACACGUUUGUUGAUCCUUUAAUCAAAAAACUGCUUAGCAAUGGCACUAAAGCGUACCGAGAUGAAAUUUGCAAGAUUUUAAUUAGGUGUUUUACUCAGGAUCAAAAUGCCAUCAGUUCGUGGAGUAAAAUGUAUUCUAAAUAUCUGCCACAAAGUGCCAUUUUGUUAAACUACUUAAGUGAGAAAUGGAGUUCGCUCUCAGGUAAAUUUAAUAAAACCGCUCUCGUCAAUUUAUUAAACACUUUUGCUGCCACAAACGAGGAGCUUUUGACCAAGAAACGGAAGGAACCUGGUCUUUCCGAUUCUAUUGCAGUUAUUAAGAGAUUGAAAAACAAGAUGACACCCAAAAAGCGUUCGAAAGGCUUUCCGUACAGAUUUUGGACAAUUAUUUUAAUAGGAGCGAUCGCGGGUGUUCUCUACUAUGACAUAAAUCAGCACGGAUCGUGGCCAAAAUCGCGAACGUUUAACUGUCUUAAGGACUUUGGUGUUAUUCAGUACUAUCACAAAGCACUCCAUCGCACAUCGGACGGCUUGUAUUGGUUGCACUUGCGGGUUAACGAGCAAAUUCCAGGAUAUUAUGAGACAGUGUCAGAACAUGUCGCUCCCUACGGGCAGUUGGCGAAGGAACUUUCGGUCAUCGUUUGCAACCUGCUCAAAAAUUUUAAAGACGCCAUUAUUAAAAAAUACCCAGACGUACUUGCUUCGAUUGAAGCAUAUGCACCUGGAUUGGUGGAGCAUUCUCAAGAAGCGCUUCGCAAUGCUUGGUCAGCAUCGGUUUUCUACGCACAUCGAAGUGUCGACUACUUAAAAACCGAAGUUUUUGUUGGCCAAUUGGCACCCGAAAAUAUGCAGAGGGUGGUUUUUGAAGCUUUUAACAAUACCCAACACAAGGCGGCUGAAUACUACUCUUGGAUUUAUGAGAAAGUUCAGUCGAGCAUUAAAUAAAGGUUACCCUUAAUUGGUUCUUAUUUGUGAUUGUAGUACUAUUUAAACCCUUUUUUUAUAUUACAGUUGGAUUAAACGUGUUGUUAUUAAUUAUUCGUGGUGCACUGA